AUGCGCCUGUUGAUUUCUGCUCGGGCCAACCUCACCUGUGGCAUCCUUGCAGAACAGGCCGUCACGUCAGCCGCUAUGGCAAACGAUCCUGAAGGCGUUCGCAUCCUAUGUGAAGCACGGUGUGAUCCCACGAGAACCAACAGGCUGAACAUGCACGCCAUUGAUGCUGCUGCAGCUCUUAGUGCCAGCGUCGCCCUAGAGGAGCUCUUGAUGCAAGCAAGGCACGAUCUCCACAAGGUGGAUCUGUCCAACUCCCUCCAUUGGGCCAUGAGUUUUCGGGGUGGCAGCGCAGAGAUUGUCAACCGGCUUCUCGACGUCAAGGCAAACGUGGACUACCGGAAUGUGACACAAGACGUCCUGGUUCUCAAGCUUGUCAUAGCAGCGAAGAGCCUUCAGCAUAGAUUCGGAAGGGCCACCAUGAUGACGCGGUGGAUCUACCACCUCCAGUACCAGACACCUCUCAUGGCAGCUGUGAUGUCCGGACAAUACGAGGGUGCAGCAGCCUUGGUGGCACGUGGGGCACGCCUGGAUGUGCGGAACGCACGCGGGUGGACGGCCUCAGAUCUUGCACGAGAGCAGUUAGUGCCAGACUUUCUCAAGCAGGCUUUUGAGGGACAGGCACGAGACUGCGAGACGGUCUACACAUUGGCCAUCACGAGUUCCCAUUUUGAGCUGUAG